UAAUCCUGAACGCUACGAAAUUUACACUAGGUUAGGUACCUAAGGUCACCAUGGCUUCCACAAAGAUCCGACUUGCUACUGCAUCCCCAGGGACGCAGGCGACUACCAAGGAGACCCUCGCACAGCUUCGUCACAUCGCCCAACGCGCCGCGGCUAAAAAAGCUGAUAUCCUACUACUCCCGGAAGCUUAUCUCGGCGGCUAUCCCCGGGGCUCAGACUUUGGAUGCAAGAUAGGGUCUCGUACUGCGGAGGGCCGUGACGAUUACCUGCGCUACUUCAAGAAUGCUGUAGACCUGGGAGACACUGUUGGCGACGGGGCCGGAGCCGGUGACGCUUGGGUCAGACGGCAGUUGAGUGUUGACGCUGUAGUAGCCGGCGAUGCGCAGGGACCGGUGAACAGGGGUGACGGGACGAGAGAAGAAAUCGAGCGAAUCGCAAGGGACACGGGCGUCUUCAUCGUGGUGGGGCUCGUAGAGAAGGCAGGGGGUAGCUUGUAUUGCUCUGUUAUAUAUGUUUGCCCUAAGCUAGGGGCUAUCGGGAAAAGGAGAAAAGUCCAGCCAACAGGCACAGAACGACUUAUCUGGGCGCAAGGAUCGGCUGCGACCCUCAAAGCAGUGAGCACCACAAUCCGCGGCGUCCGUAUUAAUCUAGCUGCCGCUAUCUGCUGGGAGAACUAUAUGCCUCUUCUACGACAGAGCCUCUACGCCCAAAAUGUCAAUCUAUAUCUCGCGCCUACGGCAGAUAACCGUGACGCUUGGCUGUCGUUGAUGCGCACCGUAGCCCUCGAGGGCCGCUGCUUCGUCGUCAGCUCCAACAUGUGCGUGCGUGGAGAUGCCGCCGCGGACUCCGCAGCCACGCGUAACCGCAAGCAUAGAGUUUCAACUCACAGCGACCACCAAAAAGGCGCGGCCGGAAGACGGAACUCGUUUAUGACUGAAGACGGCUUCGAGAUCGCGCUGCCCCUAUCUCCAACCUCCCCGGGUGCACCUGGGAAACCGAGGAUGGCAAGCCAGGGCAGGAGAAAGUCUGUGUUCGACGAGGAUGGCAACGAGAUCGCGCUUCCGGAAGGAGACCUGACGGCCUCCGCCGUGGUCGAAGAGGAGGAAGAGACGCGGGUUGAGCUCGAUUCUCCAGCAUUAGUGAAAACUCCUGCUGCAGUAAGCAAUAGCUUUGUCUCUCGCGGUGGAUCCAGCAUCAUCUCUCCUUUCGGCGAUGUCCUCGCUGGCCCGCAAUGGGAGGACGAGGAGGGCAUUAUCUACGCGGACGUCGAUUUCGAUGAUUGCAUCCGUGGAAGGCUGGAUUUGGAUGCUGCGGGAAGUUAUUCAAGGAAUGACUCUUUCAAGUUCUCCGUGGCAGGUUUGGAUCUUGAUCCCUUGCCAUACUACUAGUUUCCUUUUUCCUCAAUAUGCUUUUAAAUCUAUAUCGUUCUCGAAUCCUAGCGAUGAUCCAGUUGAAGGUAGUACGAUGUAAGGUAUCGCGUGGUCUAGCCUAGUUGUGCAAAUCUUUUUGAGAUCCGGGCUGCUGGGAAGUUAUACGUGUACCUACACCCCCUUUUCUUCAAGUACCAGCCAUUCAUUCAUUCACUUGAGUUGUUCGAGUCGAAUUAACCUCACCUGUAUAAAGCAUCCUGCCAAGACUAAUAGUAUUUAUAAGAGCAGCUCAAUCGCA